AUGAGCCGCGCGCCGUUGGGUCUCUGCAUUCAGCCAGCAUGCCUGGAGCACAAAUACAUCAGGCAUAGGGAUUCCUCUCAUAUUUUUGAGCGGCCAGAGCGACUUCGCGCAGUGCUGCUCGGCUUCGCAGCCGCGCUGGCCCGACUAGAAUCGGUCGAUGGUCCUAGGGCAGCCAACGGCAACGGGACGACAGACGACUUGAGUAACAUGCUGUCAACACUGUCGCUCGUCAACUCAGUGUACAGUUCGGACUGCCUGAACGUUGUGCCACCUCCUACGCCUCCGACAACUCCUGGAAAUGUGCUGUUGCACCAUCCUGCACUGCAACUGGCGCAUUCGCCACCCAUCGAGGCUCCGUUCCCUUAUCUGCCGAGGAGUAAAGGUGCAGCGUUACCGUCCAGCACAUAUCUCCGUGACUUGUUUAAAUGGGCCAGCGAGGCUGUUGAGGCUAUUAAGAACACGGGCUGCGAAAUUCCGGACGACAUGGGUUUAAACCCGGGAGACCUAUAUCUCGGACCAGGCUCUAUCCUUGCGAUUGAAGGGGCUAUGGUGUCUGCAGAGAUCAGACGUCCGCAGGCCUCAAGCCGGAGGUUCCCUCGACGCCCUCCGCGGACCCUCUUGUUCCGCCGUUCUCGAAAGCGUUUUGCGCCAUCCGACCACCUGGUCACCAUUGCGGGGAAGAUGCGCCGUCUGGCGUACAUCCAACACGAUAUUGACCGAGCAGUCAUCAUCGAUUUUGACUUGCACCACGGCAACGGCACGCAGGCGUUGGUGAUGCCGCUGAACGCUGCGACGUACGCAGAGGACCUUGCGCAGAAGGCCGGCAAACCGCCGCCCAUGGAAAGCGGGAAGAAGGGGCCACGAAGAGGCUGGAAAGGAUUCUACGGCUCAGUGCACGACAUCUACAGCUACCCUUGCGAGGAUGGUGACCUCGACCUGAUCCGUGAUGCGAGCGUGAACCUGGCCGGCCACGGGCAGUACAUCCAAAAUAUUCACCUACAGCCCUACGCGAGCGAGGAGGAUUUCUAUGAACGCAUCUAUCCUCUCUACCUCGCUCUGCUGGAGAAGGCUCUGGUGUUUAUGAAGGAGACGGACGCAGACCCAGAGCGGACAAUGCUGUUCAUAUCCGCUGGCUUUGAUGCCUGCGAACACGAACAUCAGGGCAUGCAGCGGCACGACCGACGCGUUCCCGUAAGCUUCUAUUCGCGGUACACCCGCGACAUUGCGGUAUUCGCGGACAAGCACCUGAAUGGUCGCGUGGUCUCAGUUCUCGAGGGUGGGUAUGGCGAUCGCGCUCUCACUAGUGCGGCGAUGUGGCACGCAAUCGGCCUCCUUGACCGGCAGGGACAAGCGGACUGGUGGAGUGUUGAGCAGCUCAUGCUCUUGGAGCGUGCCGUUAAGAAGCGACGUAAGGGCAAGCUGUGCGCGCUCCCGCCCGACCUUGCCGCCGACCCCGUUCUAGCACGUAUACACGCAAUUCUCGCCCAGUUCGAGGGCACCAUGCCCGCUUCUCCGGCGCCCAGCGCCGCGCCGAGCACGCAAGCCACGCCGCGCAUGACAUUACGCGAGCGAAAGCCAAAGACGAUGUACAGCGACUCGCCACCGCAGGAAACGCGCCGACGUCCGAGGGCCGUCAAGGAGGAGCCAAGUCCUAGCAAACCUAAGGAGGUUGCCAAGGAGGAGUCCGCCAAGGCCGAAGGAGCGUAUCCCUCGCCGGUCAGUAGCGCCGGAUCUCCGCCCGCUGCCGAGCAGCCCGAACCUCGCAUCGUGCUCAAGAUCCCGCGUGUCACAACUCCAGCCGCCCCUGGUACACCCGUCGCGAGCACCCUUGUUGCCACUGGCGCCGAGAGCGCCGCACCAUCGCCGAUCCCGACGCAUUCGCUGCGUUCGCCCAUGCCGCCGCGCCAGCAGUCUGAGAAGGCCGCGUCGGCGGGUGCGCCAACAGCCGCCAGCCGUUCCUCGCGUGCAGGCGCAGCUCGCUGCUGCUCGCCCCGCGUCAUUCACAUAUUCGCCGCCCCAGUCGUCCGACCCGAGUAUCCCAACAAACUCGCUGCAGUCUCCUCCAGUGGUGACGACCGCCUUCGCCCCAUCCUUCCCGGACUCCUUCCGCCCAAGCCAGUUAACGGCUCCUGA